AUGAAGCUCACCAUUGGGCUCAGCGCAGCCCUUGCAGGCUUUGCUUCUGCUUCCGACCUCGCCAAAGUUUAUAUCCUACGAGGAUCCCACCAUAUCGAGCCCACGACGACUCUCACUCCGAGCGAAGCACGCCUCAUCAUUCACCAGCGUCUCGCCUCCGAUGGAGAGGGACCAUCAUUCCGCGAUUUCACCGACUCCGAUGAUGAGGAGAGAAUCAUCUCUUUAAUGAACAAAUAUGGCAAGAAGCCCGCGUCAUUGUUUUCCGAUGACAAGACCGCGACACCGCGCCAGUUGGUUAUCAACAUCGAUGGCAUGCCCACGUUCGAAUAUGAAUCGUUCUUCGGCUGGCUUCAGAACACGCAGCCCGACUUUACUAUGGAUAGGAGCAAGGAGAAUGGAGACCAUCCUGAAGUUUUCCAGAGCAUCAUGAAGAUGCCCGAUUGUCCCCUGAACCGAAUCGCCGCUAUGGACGGCAGCUGUUUCCGUGGCAAUGCUGCUUUUGCGACAUACAAAAGAUCUCAGGACGGCGAUCACCCCACUACCCUCCUGAACGAGCUUCCUAAGCUCCAGAAGCUCGCUGAAUCAGGCGAGAUGGAUACCACUUUGGUCUUCCUUCCUCUGUCAUCCGACUCCGCUGAGGAUCACGACCUUCGACGCCGACAGGCCGAGACCGUCAUCUCUUCCAUCGAGGAGGUUCACGAAGCGCCUGCCGCUGCCGAGACCUCAUCCGCCCCCGAGGUUCCCCGGUUCUCCAAGGUCCCUGCCUCCAUGUGCUUCAAGUCUGAGUCUGAGUGCAACAAGAGAACUGGCAACUGCUCAGGCCAUGGCAACUGUCAAAGCAGGUACGGUAAGGGCGAUGAUGCUUGCUUCUCUUGCCACUGCCUUAGCACCAAGUCCAAGAGCGGCAGCGUCACGCACUGGGCUGGCGGUGCUUGCUCCAAGCAGGACAUUAGUGUUCAGUUCUGGCUCUUUGCCGGCUUUACCAUCUCUCUCCUUACCAUCUUGUACCUGGCCAUUGGCAUGCUCUUCAGCGUUGGCGAGGAGAAGCUGCCUGGAGUCAUUGGUGCUGGUGUUUCGAGAUCCAAUCGAACUGCUCAAAUAGAAGAAAGACUCAAUGGAUUGGUUAAUCUUCUGAAAGCAGGUGGCUUGACCAGUGCCGACCUAGCAACAGAUACCACCUGCAUCCCGACCGAGGUAGACCCUCAUGUUGUUGACCAAGAAAAGCCUUCCUCAAAGGAAAGCCAGCCUUCUUUUCCAUCCAGCACUGAAGGGUGGUCAAUUCCUGAUACCUACAACUCUUAUGCCCCUCCGCAAUGUAUCUGCAGGCAGACCAGUGGAGAUGCUCCCCCUCCUCCUGCUUCAGACCAAGAGCUUCUCAACAUCUACCGAAAGGAGUUACAGACUUUGAACCCCUUCGUCAUCGUACCAAACGGUGUCACGGCAGCAAAGCUUCGAGAGACCCGACCGUUUCUCAUGGCCUCGAUCCGCAUGGUCGCAUCGCUUCGCAGUCUGAGGUCGAUGAGAGCUCAGAUGUAUCAUCUGAUGAAGCAUGUCGCAGAUCACAUGCUCAUCCGAUCGGAGCGGUCACUGGACCUACUAUUGGGAAUCAUUGUUAUAGUUGCGUGGUAUCAGUAUCACUGCUUCAUGCAUGCCCAACUUCACAAUCUGAUUGCCUUGGCCACCACGCUUGUGGGAGAGCUGGGUUUGAACCGCAGUCCGACCGUUCUUGAGCGAACCAGCUUGAUGGUCGUGAUACCGUUCCAGCCCAAAGCACGCACGAACGAAGAGAGGAGAGCGUUGCUGGGAGUGUGGUACUUAUCAUCAUCGAUGGCACUCGGGUUUCAGCGAUUCGAGUCUAUGCGUUAUACCAAGUACAUCCAAACAUGUCUAUCAGUGCUAGAACAAGAAAGAGAAUAUGAGACAGAUACGCGGCUUGUUGCACUCGUUCGAAUCCAACACUUGACAGAGCGUAUCUCACAACUCAAUGCCCCCGAUGAUCCCACCGAGGAAGUUCUCGGUCUUCCAACGGCACCCAUGUCAGCCUAUGUUUCUGCGUUUCACACCGAGCUUGACAGGAUACGGCUCAGUCUACCUCACGAUCUUCAAAAUGAUAAUGUAAUAAAGGUCUUUCUUAACACAGCUAUGCUCCGUUUAUAUGAGCCCCCUUUACUUGACACUGCUCGUAUAAUUCAGAUGUCAGAGUCCUUAACUUCUCCCGCAUUAGGAUCCGCAUCCGCACUUGACAUCUUCUACCAAUCAAGAAACGCUUUGAAGCAGUUCUUUGAUCAUUGGCUAUCGAUACCGAUUUCGGAGUACCACCGCCAGACCACACCCAUCGCUGCCCAGCUGAUCUACGGCAUGACGAUGCUGGGGCGUUGGACUAAGUUCACAGCCCAGAUUCCAUUAACGAGACCUCCAAUGCCAAUGCCUGAAGAUACCAGCGCACCAAAUCCAAAUGUGGAAUUGUACCAAGCAGACUCGGACUACGCGGCGAGUGUCAGCUCCGCACAUGCAACACCUUCAGUCACGACGCCCAGUGCACAUGGGGCCAACUCUCAAGGAGCCAGCCCCAUCUUUCUUCGGGAGGGUACAGACCCAAGGUUACCCUCUGCAGUGGCUGCCUUACGGUCUCAGAUACAGACCCAGCCUGGACUCUACUUAGAUGUCACGGGGAUAUUAUCAGGCAUAUACUCCAAGUUCGAAAAGGCCAACGCAUCGUUCCAAGCGUCGUCAGCUGAGCCUGGUAGCUCAGACCACAAUCUCUGGAGUAUGAGUGCUAUCAAAGUCAGGAUCACAAGAGCGAAGCUGGAACGAUGGGUAGAGAUUGUCUCAUCUGGAACCGAGGCGGUCAAGAUUCAAGGUGCCGAUCGGAGAGACACAGAGAUGGAGGACUGCAGUACAAGCGAUAUCGCAAGGCCUGUAGCGCCAGCUGGUAACGACAUGCAGAUGGAUGGAUUUGGAGUGCCCGAGUGGAAUGAGAUACCAUGGAGUCCAGAGAUGCUUCAGGGGGUUGACCCUUCGAUAUGGUUUGAUGGCUAUUUGGACUGGGGAGCCGUUAUGAGCUCUAUGGGGAACGUUGAGUGA